GGAGGGAUAGAUAUCUGGAAAGAGAGCAGUGCAGACAGGACUACCAGCACUAUCCGCAGCGGACAGAAAGUGGAGGGCGAAAAAUAACUCGGACCGACAUAUUGCCGUAUGCCAAUGUGCAAAAAUAUACAGUUUCGAUAGAGGCCAAGGUAUCGAGAAUCAGACGCAGAAGAUUUGAGCUUUGGUCAUCUGAAAGAGGAGUGGAUAAAGAUGUCGUCUCCAAGUCCGGGCAAAAGACGAAUGGACACCGACGUGGUGAAACUCAUCGAGAGUAAACAUGAAGUCACAAUCCUGAGUGGACUCAACGAAUUUGUAGUGAAGUUUUAUGGACCACAAGGAACACCGUAUGAAGGAGGCGUGUGGAAAGUGCGAGUAGAUCUUCCAGACAAAUACCCCUUCAAAUCUCCAUCUAUAGGAUUUAUGAAUAAGAUUUUUCAUCCAAACAUCGAUGAAGCUUCAGGGACCGUGUGUUUAGAUGUGAUCAACCAGACAUGGACCGCUCUUUAUGAUCUCACCAAUAUCUUCGAGUCAUUUUUGCCACAGUUGCUGGCCUACCCAAACCCCAUCGACCCUCUGAACGGGGACGCAGCAGCCAUGUACCUGCACCGGCCAGAGGACUACAAACAGAAAAUUAAAGAAUACAUCCAGAAAUAUGCAACAGAGGAGGCUCUGAAGGAGCAGGAGGAAGGAGCAGGCGACUCCUCUUCAGAAAGCUCCAUGUCUGACUUUUCAGAGGAUGAAGCUCAGGACAUGGAGUUGUAGUUAAGGGCGACAGUUCCUCCCCUUUACCACAGAGACUAUAUUAUUUCCAAACCAUGCGAAGCAGACUAUAAAAGAUUCAUAUUUAAACAAGGUGAUUUUUUUUUAUUUUAUCGUUAUUAUUACUAAACCAGGAUUUUUAUGGAUUUCUAGCAUUGACGAUGAAUACGGAACACUCUCUAGAUGUUCUAUCUCUACUUCUUGGUGUUUUUAUUUUCUCUCUUUCACUCUCUCACUCGCUCUCUCCAUUGCCCCACCAAAAGCAAGUCUUGUAGUGUUUUCACCCCUUGAUUCCACGUUGGUACCUGCGUAGCUGGAAUGCAUGUCAUCACCUCCCUAAUCCACCUUUUCCAAUGCAGACUGACUGGACUAUAAACAGAGGCCUACUGAUGCAGAGGCUGUAUUUAAGUGGGGGUGCCCAUUUGUCCCUUGUGAUGUUGAUAACGUACCAGAGACAACCGAGGGGUGUGGCCUAACUCUAAUAUGAGUCCACUCAACUUAGACCUUUUGCAAGGACAGUCUUCAACUUGUCUUCAGGACGUGAUUGGACGCAUUUUUUCCAGACACACUUCUCAUUUCCUCCUUCCUCCUCAGCGAUUUGAUCGAUUCUGUUCGAUCUUUCCCAUGCAAGUCAUUUUGAAUUGUCAUUGCUUCCCUGGCUGUGCCGUUUGUUUCUUUUCUCUUUAAAAAGCUGUGUUUUAUAAAAAAUGAAGAUGUAAGUGUCAAAAGAGGAAUGGCAGAUUCAGGAUCCAUUUUAUGACCCGCUUUUCCCAGUUUUCUGUCCUCCUUUCUUUUGUCUUCAUUUAAAAUUUUUAUUUGGGUCUCACCUUAGGAGGGGAAUUAAAAUGUUUCCAAGCUGUAUGUUUAAAUGAUCAUCAGGAUUUUACGUAACGCUUUACAAUUUCUGCUAACCAAUCAAGCCCACAGUAGCGCCCCAGCGUGUUUACUGCAGAACAUAUCUGUUAAACUCCCUUUAAAUUCCAAAAAUCGUGACUUUAGCGAGAGGCUAGCGCACAGUGAUUCAACAGACUCACAACUUUUCCACUGGCUCUGCUACUUUUGGCUGUUAUCCCUCAUUUUGGAAGCCCACCUCAAAAUGAGGCUGGAUUCUAUGACUCUUAUGCCAUUUGAACUUCCACAGUGAUCACAAAAUGACCAAGAACGGCGCACAAAUCUUUAUUUUCUAAAGAUUUUCCUAAAGAAACCAGAGGAACAAUAUUGUCUCUUGCCCUGCCUGGCUUCUCCCAAUUUUAUUUUGUUAUAACAUUGUAUGAAAGUCUUUUGUCUUUCUCUUUCUGUCCCCCCCUGUCUCGCACCCCCUCUCUUUUUAACGCCCUAUUUACAAUCUUCUUUUUUGUACAUUGUGGUAUGAUGCAAAAGUGGAGUUGUGUAGGACUUUUUUGGUCUAGCCUAGAAGAAAUGUUAAAAAGAAAAGAUUUUUGCAAACAUUUGUAGAGUUCAUCAUCUUUCCUAUUUCUUGUGCAUAACUAUGAUAGCUGUUGUUUGACCUCAUGUAGAUCUAGUUAGUUUACUGGGUGGUGAAAUCAAAAUAGAUGUUCAUAUGGAUUUUGGUCAUGUAAACCUGCUUGUCAUAAUACAGAUUUUAUGUGAUGGAUUCGAUUUGGUAAGAUCUGCCUCGAUCACUUUGGGCUCACAAUGAACAAGAUGUGAUUUUAGGAGAAGAGUGAGAAACAUUUACACCAUGAUGGUGGAUUUUUUGCUGAUAUGGUGUGGAAACAGUGCAGAUAUCUUCUGUAUAAAGAGCUUUGAAUUUCAUCAAGCACCUGCAGAUAUCAUCAGUGGCAUGUUGGUAUGAAACCUAAAGAACCAGAUUUGGUUUGUUUGUGUGUAUGUGAUUUUCAGUAUUCUCACUAAUUCUCUCAUUCUGACUUGCAAAAUUUGUUCAUUGUCCAAUUGAAAUAAAACUGGGUCAAAGUCCAAUUGAUGUAUGCCAGCUGAAGAGGGAAAGUUUUUCUGUUCAAAAUUUGCUGCCUCUGCAGGAUAAAUAUAGGCAGCUCUGGAAUAACCAGUGUUUAGUUUUAUUUAUUUAUUUUUAUUAUUUUUUGCUUUCUCUCCUGUUUUUCUUUUCUAAUUAAAUCAGUGAUUUAUGGGCAGAACAAUUGAACUUUUGUGGAGUUUUAGCCCGAGUCAAGAAUUGGCUGAAUAGUGCAAUGGAGAAAUGUCUUGGUUUAAAAUAUUUUCUUCUCUCUCAAGUCUGACUCUGUUGAUGGGGUUUUAUAUUUUCUAAAAGAAGAAAAAAAACGGGGGGUUUAUAGAAGAUAGAUGUAAGGUUAUAUGCACCUUAGUCUCCUAGUAAAAGGAAGAGAUAUAUUUUAUUAAUCUGGCAGCAUGAUGUGUAGAAUUUUUGUAAUUUUUUUUUUUAAACAUGCAAACAGCUUUCACUCCCAUAUCUCAGACACGUAUAGAUAAAAAUAAUUAUCGGCUGUUUUUUGGUUGGCAUGGUAAACAUUUUGCCAUGCAUAGCAACACACACCCUAUGUGUGGGCCAUAUGAGAUGACAAACUCAGCUUUUCAAUUUCAUUUUAGCUUAAUUUUUGCCCCUGAAUGUGUAUUGCGAGAGAAAAAUAAUGUGGAAAUUCAUUUGAAGAUUUUUUUUCUUUGUUUUUAACUCGUGUCAAAUGAUUUAAGAAUCUCAAAUAAACAAAUGUAUAAGUGUGCUUCCAUUACAAGUUUAAUUAUAAAUUUGAUUGACAUUUUUGUGAAUUUAUUUGACAUUUUACUAACUUCUGCAUUUCUUUUACCCAAUGUCAAUAAAAAGAGGCACCCAUUUGGAGCAAGUAACAUGCGGUAUAUUGAGGGUAUGGGUAUCUGAAGAGGGUUUUGGGAUUGAAGGGUGCUCUCAGGAAGGACUUUUUCUAUGUUUUUAGUUUAGUGGGUGGGGUGAAAUAAAUAAUUACAGUGUGCCCUUUGUGUUUUGGACCCAAAUGUUACACAUGCACACAAACAAACACUCCCAUACACAUUCAGAGGACAGCAGUUAUUAAUGUCAAGGUUUCCAGCUGUUUGUUUGUCAAAGAGAGAGGGAGAGAGCAAAAGGAAGAAUAGAGAUCUGUCUUCCUGUUGCUGCCGUGGCCUCACCCCCUGCUGGCCCUCUCGGCCAAUGGCAUCACGUCUCCUCUUGCAUUUGUGUUGCCAAGAGCUCUCUAGUGCACUUUGCAUGCGUCCGGUGUAGAGUCAAGUCUAGUUCAGUCCUGGCUUUCCACUUCCUAAGUCCCUUAUACCUGUGCAUCAAGAGAGUGCUCAGACAUGGGGCUUAUGUGGGCACACAGCAUGGAUUUUGUAAUAGUAUCUGUAUCUAGUACCUAGUGUGUAAUACACUGAAAAAAAUAAAUACAAAAUAACUUUUUUCUUUUUUUUUCUUUAUUUUUCUUAAAUCCCAGGUAUUAUGGUAAUUUGCCCUUUUUAUUUCUGUAUUCAUUAAUCUUACUCUUAUUUUUGCCAUUCUUUUGCUUUGUGAAGUGGGCAUGCCUGUCACAAAGGACAAAUGCUUUUUAUCUAUAGGAUUAUAAUCUCUUAAAUAGCUGUGUACAGUAAACUGUAAUAACUUCUUUUUUUUAAUAAAAUAUUAAAUGU